UAGACCUAGUUUCAGAAACGAGUUUGCGAUUGGGCAGGGCGAGCACUCUUGGGCUUGGAAAGGCUGUGGAUGUCUUGGACAGCCUUGGGAGUAGCAUGACCAAUUUGAACCCAAGCAGUGGAUUUGUUUCUGGGGUCACAACCAAAGGCAAUGAACUGUCAAUACUAGCAUUUGAGGUUGCCAACACAAUUGUUAAGGGUUACAGCCUUAUGCAAUCUCUUUCAAAAAGAAGUAUACGUCAAUUGAAGGAAGCGGUGCUUCCUUCAAAAGGUGUGCAACAUUUAGUGUCAAAAGACAUGGAUGACCUUCUACAAAUUGUUGCCAAUGACAAGAGGGAAGAGUUGAAGAUUUUCUCAGGAGAAGUUGUUCGUUUUGGAAACCGGUGUAAAGAUCCUCAGUGGCAUAAUUUGGAUCUUUUUUUUGAAAAACACAACAGGGUACGUACUCCUCAGAAACAGUUGAAGGAAGAAGCAGAAUCAAAGAUGCAACAAUUAAUGUUAUUGGUUCAAUAUACAACUGAGUUAUACCAUGAGCUGCAUGCAUUGGACAGAGUCGAGCAUGGUUAUCAGCGUAAGUGUCGAGAGAACAACAAUCCAUAUGCUACACAAAGAGUUCCUGAUUUGCGUCUUUGCUUUGGUAAUGAUCAACAUCUAGAGAUGAUGAAUUGUAAUACUGAAGUUUAUCAUGUGUACACCAUGACUGAACUCUGUGCUAUUGAGCACCAUUUUGGGAUCAAUGAAGCCUGCUUGGAAUGUUCAGUGGCUGUUGACAAACUUAUAAGCAAAGCAAUCUUUUUGGACUUGCUUGAAAAACUCUUUAUGAUUAUUCGUUCAGUACUGAAAAGAUGGAUUGUGACAAUCAAUUUUAUGUGUGGCUUGCUCUUAGAAAGGUCAUUAAUCCCUUCUGCAAAGCUUUUUGCUGUUGCUUGA